AUGCGGGAGAUAGUACAUCUUCAGGCAGGCCAAUGUGGCAAUCAGAUUGGAGCAAAGUUUUGGGAGGUGAUCUCGGACGAGCAUGGGAUCGAUCCCACUGGCACGUAUCACGGUGACUCGGAUCUGCAGUUGGAGCGAAUAAAUGUUUACUACAACGAGGCGACGGGCGGUAAAUACGUGCCACGUGCGAUUUUGGUCGAUUUAGAACCUGGAACAAUGGACGCGGUUCGUUCGGGGCCGUUCGGUCAAAUAUUCCGGCCAGACAACUUUGUGUUCGGGCAAAGCGGCGCAGGUAACAACUGGGCCAAGGGACAUUACACCGAGGGCGCCGAGCUCGUCGACUCCGUCUUGGACGUCGUUCGCAAGGAGGCCGAGAGCUGCGACUGCCUCCAGGGAUUUCAACUGACACACUCGCUGGGCGGUGGCACUGGUGCCGGCAUGGGUACUCUGCUCAUCUCCAAAAUACGCGAAGAAUACCCUGAUAGAAUCAUGAUGACCUUCAGCGUGGUACCUUCACCAAAGGUAUCGGACACCGUAGUCGAGCCCUACAACUGCACUCUCUCGGUACAUCAGCUGGUGGAGAAUACAGACGAGUCGUAUUGCAUAGAUAAUGAGGCGCUUUAUGACAUCUGCUUCCGGACUCUCAAGCUGACCACGCCAACCUAUGGUGAUCUCAAUCAUCUCGUCAGCGCGACCCUGAGCGGCGUCACCACUUGCCUGAGAUUUCCCGGCCAGCUUAACGCAGACCUAAGGAAACUCGCCGUCAACAUGGUCCCUUUCCCGCGACUGCAUUUCUUCAUCCCCGGCUUUGCCCCUCUAACUUCUAGAGGUUCGCAACAGUACCGAGCACUCACGGUACCCGAACUCACUCAACAAAUGUUUGACGCGAAGAACAUGAUGGCCGCGUGCGACCCGCGACAUGGUAGAUAUUUGACAGUGGCCGCAGUAUUCCGUGGCAGGAUGUCGAUGAAGGAGGUGGACGAGCAGAUGCUCAACAUCCAGAACAAGAACAGCAGCUACUUCGUCGAGUGGAUACCGAGCAACGUGAAAACUGCCGUUUGUGACAUACCCCCGCGGGGUCUGAAAAUGUCCGCGACUUUCAUUGGCAAUUCUACGGCUAUUCAGGAGCUGUUCAAGAGGGUAUCGGAACAAUUCACCGCGAUGUUCCGACGCAAGGCGUUCCUGCAUUGGUAUACCGGCGAGGGUAUGGAUGACAUGGAGUUUACCGAGGCUGAGAGCAACAUGAACGAUCUCGUGUCCGAGUAUCAGCAGUACCAGGAGGCGACUGCCGACGAAGAGGGAGAGUUUGAUGAGGAGGAAGAGGGCGAGGGUGAGGAGAAGUGAAGAUCGUCCCCAUCUCCGGAAGAUGUUUAUCGAGUGCUCGCUACACCUGCUGCUUCCUUUCCGCUAUCGUCGCUUCUUUACGUAGUUAUAUCGUCCCACCCUCGUAUCUUCUUAGAGUGUAAAAUAAUAUGUAGCCGAGCCAACGUCGGCCGACAGCUUGUUGUUCCUUGUCUUCCGCGUGUCUCCCAUCGUCGAAAGUAUAUUACGUGCACAAAAUAAAAAAAAAAAAAAAAGAAAAGAAAAAAGGGAAAAAAAAGAAAGAAAAAGAAAAAUAAGAAAAAAAGAUGAGAAAAGAAAGAAAAAGAAGCUCCUGCUACAUUUUCCCGCGUAAGAAGCACUCAUUUCUCUCGCAUCCUCUUAACCAUGUCUAGAAACAGAACGACGAAAACGGAACACUCUCUCACUCUGGGGUUUGCGCGUGGUUUCCGGGUAACCUCCGGUCGCUACGGAGAUAAUGCGAAAUGUACGUAUCGGGGAAACGUUUCCUGUUUCCUCUCCUUCAAGUAAAACACCACGCGCAAGCACCACUGACGGCGCUUGCUUACCUUCGGUUACGUACUCCAAGUCAAAGAGAGAAGGGGAGAGGAAGAAGAACACUUUAUACCUUAAUUAAAAAUUGAAACCGAUCUCUUCUUCACUACGCGUUCUGUACAUUUCGAGCGGCGUACUCUAUUCGCAAUAUUCCUUGUUACUCAGCAGCAACGUAUAUUCAUUAUAUGCUUCUCGCAAUUAAAUUUAUUAUGUUUUAUUCUCCCUGUAUUUCAAUUUUAAUACGCGCUUUUAAUUUCACGAUUACUUCUGUUAAUUUUAUUAAAUGCUAUUUUCAUUCGCGGAAUAACGGCAACGGUCCCCC